ACUAUCCCUUUCCCUUGCCCUUCAAUCGGAGUCCCGUUUCGCCUUUCUCACCCCGUGAUCUCCAGGCAGAGCAAGCCGCAGCAGCUACUUACUGUUAUUCUAAAAAGAAUCCAUUGCACAACUAUAUUCAGGAUAGUUUCAGAAAUUUGUAGAGAGAGAGAUAGAGAGAGAGAAGCCAGAGAUGUGGAGGUGCGUUUCUCGCGGCCUUAGGUUUCCUUCCAAUUCGAGGGAAUCGAUCUCUGCUGGCAAAUCCCUCAAGCGCUACAUUCAGCGAUCCUUCUCCACUGAAUCAGCUGGAGGACGAUCGUCCUAUACGGUAGUUGAUCAUACUUAUGAUGCGGUUGUGGUAGGCGCCGGUGGAGCAGGACUAAGGGCGGCCAUAGGGCUUUCCGAGCACGGAUUCAACACAGCUUGCAUUACUAAACUAUUCCCCACUCGUUCUCACACCGUUGCAGCUCAGGGUGGCAUAAACGCCGCAUUAGGAAAUAUGACUGAAGAUGAUUGGAGGUGGCACAUGUAUGACACAGUGAAGGGCAGUGAUUGGCUAGGUGAUCAGGAUGCUAUUCAAUAUAUGUGUAGAGAGGCACCUAAAGCAGUCAUAGAGCUUGAGAACUAUGGGUUGCCAUUUUCACGGACUGAGGAUGGUAGAAUAUAUCAAAGGGCAUUUGGUGGUCAAAGUUUAGACUUCGGGAAAGGUGGACAAGCAUAUCGCUGUGCUUGUGCUGCAGAUCGAACUGGCCAUGCUUUGUUGCAUACUCUCUAUGGCCAAGCUAUGAAACAUAAUACCCAAUUUUUUGUUGAAUAUUUUGCUCUAGAUCUAAUAAUGGGUAGUGAUGGUAGCUGCCAAGGAGUAAUUGCAUUAAAUAUGGAGGAUGGGACAUUGCAUAGGUUCCGAGCUGCAUCAACAAUUCUUGCUACUGGGGGCUAUGGGAGGGCAUACUUCUCUGCAACCUCAGCUCAUACAUGUACUGGUGAUGGUAAUGCCAUGGUUGCACGUGCUGGGCUGCCUCUCCAGGAUCUUGAGUUUGUGCAGUUUCACCCAACAGGUAUAUAUGGUGCCGGCUGCCUCAUCACUGAAGGAUCUCGGGGUGAAGGUGGUAUUCUAAGGAAUAGUGAGGGUGAACGAUUUAUGGAACGGUAUGCCCCUACUGCCAAGGACCUUGCAUCAAGAGAUGUUGUUUCUAGAUCUAUGACUAUGGAAAUCCGAGAAGGCCGUGGUGUAGGACCCCUUAAGGACCACAUUUAUCUGCAUUUAAAUCACUUGCCCCCUGAAGUUCUUAAGGAGAGACUUCCUGGUAUCUCUGAAACUGCUGCCAUCUUUGCUGGUGUUGAUGUGACAAAGGAGCCCAUUCCAGUUUUACCUACUGUUCAUUAUAACAUGGGUGGAAUUCCCACAAAUUACUAUGGAGAGGCAGUAACCAUUAAAGGGGACAAUCCAGAUGCAGUGGUUCCUGGACUUAUGGCUGCUGGUGAGGCAGCAUGUGCAUCAGUUCAUGGUGCCAAUCGGCUUGGGGCAAAUUCUCUCCUUGAUAUUGUUGUUUUUGGCCGAGCUUGUGCAAACAGGGUUGCAGAGAUCCAUCGGCCAGGGGAGAAACAAAAACCGUUGGAAAAUGAUGCUGGUGAGAAGACAAUUGCGUGGUUGGACAAGCUAAGGAAUUCAAAUGGUUCAAUGCCUACUUCAAAAAUCCGGUUGAAUAUGCAACGGGUUAUGCAAAAUAAUGCUGCUGUGUUCCGGACACAAGAUACAUUGGAGGAAGGUUGUCAGUUAAUUGAUAAGACAUGGGAAAGCUUUCAUGAUGUUAAGUUGAAGGAUCGAAGUUUGAUAUGGAACUCGGACUUGAUUGAGACUAUAGAGUUGGAAAACCUUUUGAUCAAUGCAUGCAUUACCAUGAAUUCUGCCGAAGCUAGGAAAGAAAGCAGAGGAGCUCAUGCUCGUGAAGAUUUUACGAAAAGAGAUGAUGAGAACUGGAUGAAACACACCCUGGGAUAUUGGGAGAAUGAAAAGGUUCGGCUAGACUACAGGCCAGUUCACAUGAACACAUUGGAUGACGAGAUUGAUUCAUUCCCACCCAAAGCUCGUGUGUAUUAGGAGGACGCCUGCACAUGAGAAAAAAAAAAAAAAAAAAAAGAGGUUGGUCCUGCAGAUGAUUUAUUUUUGAAGUUUAGAUUGAAAUAAAUUGUCUGAAACGAAGAAUUUUUGGAAAUAAUUGUUGAAUUUCUCAGCGUGUUUGUAGAAUCCUAACUGUAAGCUAGCCUUUGUGUCGGCAUCAAUCAAAUAACACCUUCGUCCUGCUUUCUGAAAGAA